UGCAAAUACAUACUCGAGCGAGUAUUAAGAGUGUGGUGCAAGAAGGGAAGAAAAUAGCGCAGGAAGAGGAAGCACCUGGGCAAGUAUCAAUCCUCUUAAGUCGAGAGAGACUGCCUCGCGCCCGCCGCAAGGUCCUUGGCCGUGACCAUUAGGGGCCACCUUGAGAAGGAGGAAGAGGAGGAGCAGUCCGUAGUCAUCCAGGUGUGUACCAUCAAGGACGAGGACUUUCGCCACACGCGUGAAAGGAAUAUCGGGACAAGGACGACUACGCCUUCAGCACACCAUGGACAAGGAGCAGAAACAGCCCCUGAUUAUCGAGCUGACGAAAACCUACGGCACCGGUGCCAACGCGGGCGACGAUUCCCGGAGCACGCCGCCAGCAUCGCUCCAGCAGCCCCAGAAAUCGGUAAUCUACUGCGUCCAUGGCAAGCUGGCACGAUCCUGCUGCGGCCCCUUGGAGGAGGAGCUGGACAUUAGGAAAAUUGAGUCGCAUUGUCACCGGCCACGACUCGACGGGAUUGAUAAGAUCGCCAGGAAGAAAUUAAUUCUGGCCAGCAUACUGUGCGUCAUCUUCAUGAUAGCGGAGAUAAUAGGAGGCAUCUACUCCAACAGUCUGGCGAUAGCAACAGAUGCAGCGCAUUUAUUAGCCGACCUGGCGAGCUUUAUGAUAUCGCUGUUCGCGCUUUGGAUCGCCGCGAGACCGUCCACUAAGAGAUUGUCCUUCGGCUGGUAUCGGGCCGAGGUGAUUGGUGCACUGACGUCGGUUCUAAUGAUCUGGGUGGUGACGGCCAUCCUGUUCUAUCUGGCCGUGAUUCGGACCAUCGAGCGGAACUUUGAGCUGGACGGGAAGGUGAUGCUGAUUACCUCUGGACUGGGAAUCUUGGUGAAUAUCAUCAUGGGCGCCACCCUGCACGGCCACGGCCACAGCCACGGUGGAUCCACGAGUCCCAACAGCAGCCACCAGCACUCUCACGGCGGCGGUGGCGGCGGCCACUCCGAGGAAAACAUCAACGUGCGGGCGGCGUUCGUGCAUGUGCUGAGCGAUUUCGUGCAGAGCUUGGGCGUGUUCAUAGCUGCCCUGGUGAUCUACUUCAAGCCCGAGUGGAGCAUCAUCGAUCCGAUCUGUACGUUUAUGUUCUCGAUCCUGGUGCUGGCCACGACGAUCGCCAUCAUGAAGGACGCCCUGCUGGUCCUGAUGGAGGGUACACCCAAGUAUCUCGAUUACACCGAAGUUAUGGGAACGUUCCUCCAGAUCGGCGGUGUCGUACGGGUACAUAAUUUAAGGAUAUGGGCACUCAGCAUCAACAAGAUUGCGCUGUCGGCUCAUUUGGCUGUCGCGCCCAACACCAACACCGAGUCGGUGCUCCAGGAGGCGACGCGCACCGUUCAUGCAAAGUACGACUUUUUCGAAACCACACUACAAAUCGAGGAGUUCCAGCCCGACAUGGAGGAUUGCAAUCAGUGUUCGAAUCCAAUUUGAUCCGAACGGGGGUUGAACUCCCUGGAAGAAGGCAGCAGCACAAUUGGAGCGAUAGCGAAUUGUAGAGCAAUUGGUGAUGUAGGAGAGGAGGGGGUUCGGUAUUGUUAACUUG